ACUUUUUUAAGAUAACUAGAAGACCUUAUUGAAUUAAAAAAAACAUUUUAUUUUUCGUAGAAUGAUCGAGUUUUUAGUUUAUUCUAAAUAGAAAACAAUAUUCAUAGUUCUUCCUUCACUGUUUAUCAAUGUCUUCUUCAACAUUUGGUCAAAAAUCAUUUCAACCUACACCACCACAAAAAGGAAGUUUUCCAUUAGAUCACGAAGGUCAAUGCAAAAAAACAGCUUACAAGUAUAUGUUCUGUUUAAGUGUCAAUAACGGGGAUAAUUCUAAGUGUAGACAUCAAGCCAAAGAAUACUUGGAUUGUCGUAUGCAACAUGAUUUGAUGGCCAAGGAAGAAUGGUCUAAACUGGGAUUAGCAGAUGUUAAAAAUAAAUCACAAUAA